CAAUAAUAUAGAAACAUACAAAAUGGUGAGAAACAUUGCACUCUCUGAAGUUGAAGAACAUGGUCCAAAUCAUCAAGAUCCUUGGAUUAUUAUCUCGGGAAAGGUUGUAGCCUUUGGAACGUAUAAGGAUGAACAUCCGGGUGGUGAAGAUGUCAUUCUCGAAUGGGCUGGUAAAGAUGGCACAAAGGCCUUCAAUGAUGCUGGUCAUGGAAGUAGUGCUAAGAGUGACAUGCAAAAGUAUAUAGUUGGAGAGUUUGAGGGUGCAUCCGAUGUUGCUGCAGCCUCAUCAGAGACUGCUCCUCAGGAAGGUGAAAAGAAGGAAUGUUCCAUUCAAUAAUUUUGAUAUCCAGCUUUGAAAUUGUAAUUUAAGAGUAUUAAUUGUAAACUCAAAGAUACUAAGAUUGUAUAUAAUAUAAAUGAGAGUGAAAUUUUGAUUUUGAAA